AUGUCCGCGCCGGCUAUCCCAAACCUCAACUCUCUUCGCAGAGGGGGCCAACGUGGUCGGGGGAGGGGUCGAGCAGAUCACAACACACAGGCUGGUGUCGGGCAAGGAUCAAGUCGCAACCAACUUCACGAUGAGAUUGUGCAAAACACGGAUACAGACGCUGCGACCUCUCGACAAAGCGCCGUAGAUGCUGGUUACCUCGAAGACCCAUUCUCUGCGCUAUUGCAAACCGGGGGUCCUGUCUCAAGACGAUUACCACUCAUGAAUAGAGGUAGGUGUCUGGCUGUGAACAUGGUCCAUGUCCUCAAUUUACCGGCUGCAGGAACUUACGUCAGGACGACGAGCAUUGACCGCAUCGUCGACACUUUCCUAUCUUCGGCAGGAGAGGGGCGCAAGCAGAUCAUCUCCUUAGGAGCCGGCAGUGACACCCGAUAUUUUCGCUUGAAGCAGAAACACCGGAAAUAUGACGUGGUCUACCACGAACUCGACUUCGAAGCAAACACAAGGCGAAAGAUCACCCAACUGCGCAGCCCAAGCUUUGAAGCCGCAGCCAAGCAAUUGGCUGAGGUAGAUAUGCGAGGAGCAGACGUGCGGGUUUCCCACGACGCGGCUGCGUUGGUCUCCUCUGACUACCUUGUCCAUCCCCAGGAUCUCCGACAUCUCCCACAGAAGGAAGGAUUGCUAACCGGCAUGGACAUCGCUCUUCCCACCUUGAUACUUUCAGAGUGCUGUCUUGUCUACUUGCCACCUGAGGGUGCCGACGCGGUACUCAAUUACUUCUCAAAGCUAUUUCCGGAAACGACGCCUCUAGCCAUCGCCAUCUAUGAGCCUAUCCGUCCACAUGACGCCUUUGGAAAGACCAUGGUAAGCAAUCUGAUGGGUCGAGGGAUACAACUGCAAACUCUAGAGAAGUAUGCUGGUCUGAAGGAGCAGAGAACACGGCUGAGAACAUUUGGGUUUGGGGAAGGCUCUGGCGGAGGUGCUCAGGCCGCGGACAUAGACUUCAUUUGGCAAAAAUGGAUAACACCGGAGGAAAAGGAACGCGUUGAAGGCUUGGAGUGGAUGGAUGAGGUGGAGGAAUUCGUCCUUCUUGCCAAACACUAUUGCAUCUGCUGGGGUUGGAAGGCGUUUGAAGAGGAGUCCCCAUGGAAGGAUUUACCCGGGCCGACGUCUUAA